AUGACAUCAUUGUACAAGCGGAACAAUGAUAUACAAGAGUCUCCCUUGGUCAAAAAGAGACAGAUGGCUGAUGAUCUUUCCAUAACAUCACCAGCAAUAAAUAGAAUAUCAGCCAUUACAACACCAGCUCAGAAGAAGAAGCUGGCGCAACAACAACAACAGCAACAGCAGCAGUCACCAACAACUCCUCGCCAAUCAACUUUGAACACAACACUUAAUACUACAUUAAAUACAACAGUGACCAAGCUACGUAAUAGACCAGACGACUCGAUCGAGCCCAUCAAGGUAUACCUGCGUAUCAGACCUCUGUCAAACGAUGAGACCAAGGCAAAGGAGCAGAACUGCUUUGCCGCGCUCACCCCCACCUCGGUCAACUUCCGCUCGUCCUCCGCCAGCAAAGACAAGUCCAGCACCAACAGCAACAAUAACAACAACAAUGAGUCUGCCGACAGCAAGUUCACAUUCACUCAAGUGUUCAAUACUACUGCAUCCCAGCCACAUAUAUUUAACAAUGUAUCCUACCCACUACUUCAGUCAUUCCUGAAUGGCCACAACAUACUCUUGCUUGCUUAUGGAGUGACCAAUGCUGGAAAGACCUUCACAAUAACUGGAUCCCAGAGACAACCUGGUGUAGUACCUCGCGCACUAAAGUUGUUAUUCAAGACUAUUCCAAGACAUUUGAUCAAACAGAAUAGGUUCGACGACGAGGGCAACAAGAUAGAGUCGGACAAUGACGACGACGAGUGGGACGGAGACGACCCCAACACGGACACGUCGGCAGAGUAUGCCGACUCUAUGUAUGAUGACGACGACAAUGAGUUUGACGACGAUACCCCGAUGGACGAGAACAAUGAGCAGUCUGCCAACGGCGCCACGCCCAACAAGCGCGAGCCCAUCACCAUGACCGAGGGCUACAAGUACCGCAUCUGGAUGUCCUACUACGAGAUCUACAAGGAUCAGAUCUACGACUUGCUCGUGGACACGCCCACAAAGCUCAAGAGCCAUCUGAAGCUCGAGUCAUCGGCCACCGAGGCCGUCUCAAUCAAGGGACUCGAGGAGCACCGCGUCGGCUGCAUCGAGGAAGCCUACGACAUCAUUGAGAAGGGCAUGUCAGCGCGUCGCGUUGGCGGCACCAAGCUGAACAAGGGCAGCAGCCGCAGUCACGCCGUGCUCACCAUCAAACUGUUUGCCACGCCACUCGGCGUCAGCAAGAAGCACCUGACCGAGGCAGACAUCCGCCUCAGCAAACUGACCAUUGUCGAUCUUGCUGGCAGCGAGCGUUCCAAGCGCACGGACACCAACGGUGAGCGUUUCAAGGAGGCCACCAACAUCAACUCUUCGCUGCUGACGCUGGGCCGUUGCAUGGAGGCGCUUCGCCUGAACAAACUGCGCACGGCCAGCCAGCAAGCUGUAGUGCCACCGUGGCGCGAGUCCAAGCUGACGCGUAUCUGCCAGGAGUACUUUGUCAACAGCGGCAAGGCGGCCAUGAUCGUCAACGUCAGUCCAACGCUCAGCGACUCGGACGAGACACUCAACGUGCUCAAGUUCUCUGCCGUGGCCAAGGAGAUCACCACACAGUCCAAGAUCAACAUGGGCAAGCCUACAAUCUCCGCCGCCGCUGCUGCCGCUGCCGCAAAGAGUUCAGCAAUCAAGAAGCGCAAGCCACAGGACGAAGCAGAAGAUGACUCAUCGUUUGAUCGUACGAACAAACGCCUAAACUUGGGUGGUCCGCUACUCAAUCUCAACCCGGGCCUUAACUGCAUCGACUAUGUGGCCAUGAACAAGAACCAGUUGCUGGACCAGAUACACGCCUUCCACGAGAAGUUGUGCGCCGCUGAGAUCAAGGCCGCACAGAUGGAGACCAGUAUCCGCGAGCAGGUCGGACAGGAAGCCGCCAUGGCCUUCCAAAACAUGGAAGCUUCAUUCAAGACACGUUUGGUGCGCGAGGCCAAGCUGAUGGAGCAGACACUGCAGUCCAAGCUCAGCCUGCACAACAGACUCAACAAUGUCCAGAUCAAGGAGGACACGUCCAAGCGCGACCAAGAGUUCAACGCCAAGAUUGAGUCGAUGCGCGCUGAGAAGGACGAGCUGAUGGGCCGUCUGGAGCAGGCGAUCGCCGACUCGGAGCAGAACAAGAAGCACAAGGACGAGAACCUGAUGAAGAUCCUCAGCCUCAAGAACAGCAAGCGUGAGCUCGAGACCGAGAAGAACAACCUGAUCGCCGAGCUGCUCAACUUCCAGACCAAGGGCUCGCUGCUACAGGAGCAGCACGACCUGGAGAUCGAAGAGAAGAAAGCCUCGAUGGAGAUUGAGCUGCAGCAGUACAAGGAGAAGAUCGCCGCCGAGAACAACGUGCUACAGGGUCAGCUGCUUCAGGAGCGUCGCGAGAAACAGGCACUACAAGAUGAGCUUGCCAAGCUGCGUCAGCGCAUGGACGACUCGUCAUUCCUCAGCCAGUCCUUCAACGACCAGCUCAAGGAGAAGGACAGCAUGAAGCAUCACAGCCUGGUCAACCAGCUGACGCCAUUCAAGAACAUGAAGAAUGUGACACCGGCCAAGGCGCGCAUCUACGGUGCCAAGGUGGCCCUGAUCAACGAUGGCAACGACCACAGAACUCUGUACAAGGGCGAUAUCGAGAAGUCGGUCAGCGGCAACGGCUACUCAGUGCGCUUCACCGACACUGAGAUCAUCCCCGGCAGCAGCAACAGUCUGUUGGGCAACUCUAGCCCCGCACGCACAAACACUGUCACUGGCACGCCCACCACCAUGUCGACCGUGUCCCAGUGGACACCUGAUCGCUGCGUCACUGACCAAUCGAUCGAUGGCAGUCUGCUCAUGCAGGCCAUGGACGACGAGGACAUUGACUAUGAGAUCGCCCAGAUCCAGAUGGACGAAUGGCAAGAGAUAGACAUCAGCGAGAAGGAUGACGCUUCGAUCAAGUCCUCCAAGAGCUCGUCAAAGUCCAAGAAGAUCCUGAUGAAGACCAAGGACAUGCUGUCAGCCUCAAGCAAGGACCUGGCCUCAUCAGCCUCAUCAUUCCUACGCGACAAGGAGAGAGAGAAGGAAGUACGCGACAAAGAUCUGCGCGAGCGUGAGAAGGAGAAGGAGAAGGAGCGUGAGAGAGAACGCGAAAGAGAGAAGGAGCGUGAGCGUGAGAAGGAGAAGGAACGCGAGAGAGAGAAGGAACGUGAGAAGGAGCGUGAGAAAGAGCGUGAGAAGGAGCGCGAAAGAGAGAGAAAGGCUGAGAAGGAGAGACUCAAGGAGCGUGAGAAGGAACGCGAGAAGAUGGAGAAAGAAAAGGACAAGAAGUCACUCUCGUCCAAGGGUAGCCGCAGCGACUCCAAGCCAAAGGAGCCCGAGAAGAAGAUCAAACUGCUCUCCAAGGUGCUGCCAAUAUCGUCCUCAUCCUCCAAGAAGACUACCACCACCGUGGCGCCAACAGUGUCUUCAUCCGCCAAGUCCACAUCGUCAUCUUCUCAAGUCAAGACCAAGUCCAGACCCACACCAAUCAUCAUCGAUGAUGAUCACUCAAUACCUGCGUCAAUGUCCAGCCCAUCGCACCACCCAAUGUCGCCAAUCAAGUCGACCUCGUCACCACAACUGGCCAUCUCGCCGCCCACCUCACCAAUCGGUGCCGCCAAGAACAGCAAGCUCACCUACACCCUGUCCAGCCCAUCGCGCCUCAACAAGACAUCGUCGGCCAUGUCCAUCAACCAGACUGCUAGCAACACUGCCUCAUCAUCCACCAGCAGCUCGUCCACCUCGUCGUCAUCCUCCUCCUCACUGCUGGCCGACAACAAGUCGUACUCAAAGCGCAAGCUGGCGCCCAAGAUCCAGCAACGCCUGUCGUCCAGCUCAGAUGACGAGAGCGACGUGCAGGUCUCCAAACCCAAGACGUUGGUGUCCAAGACAUCGGCCAUAUUUAAGCAGCCCGCCAAGACACCGGCCAUCACGCCAAUCAAGACAAAGGUCUUGAGCAGCAAGGCACCUGAGCCUCUGGGCACUGCGCCGGCCACACCUCGUUCAACUCUAACUCAACUUCGUCCACGUAAUAUGCUCAAACAAAAGAUCAAGUUUGAAAUAGCAUAG